UAAUAAUAAUAACAAUAAUAAUAAUAAAAUAAAAAAAGAAGAAGAAAAAAUAAUUCAUUCGAUCAAAUAUUUUGCAAUAAUUAUUAAUUUUUAUUAAUUUCCAUGCGAAAAUCCGUAAUCAUCAUUUCAUCAGAAAGCUUUAUAAUCGACUGCACUGAUGUAAGACAUACAUAUACAUGCAUACGUAUAUAUGCAUCAAACAAAUGGAGCACUGGAACGGAACGAGAUGAAAGUAUCAAGUGUAGAUUAACGCAACGGUAAACUGAGUUUUGAGUACGUCUGAUUCUUCUACUUUCUAUCGAAAGUUUAUGAAUAUAUAAUGAAUUAAAUGUCUUCCUGGUCUGGUCCAAGGUAUAACCAAUAUCAGUCUUAAAUUCGGAUCGAAACGCGAAACAUCAUAAUCGCGCUAGUGAAUCGGAAAACAAAACAAAUAAAAAAAAAUGGCUUAUAAAUCAUUUCUCUUGCUGAUUCUUAUUCCAAUGAUCGGUUACGCCACGAAAAUAACAAAAAUAGAUAUGACAGAGUACAUGUCGUCAUACUACGAUCCAACGACAGGAUUAGAAUUAAAUGGUAAACCGGAGGACGUCGAAAGAACUCCCAACCAAUUGCCAAAGCUUAUUUUUCGAGGAAUUCCAUGUUUCUGUAAUAACAUGACCUGCGGUUGUUGUACGGGUGUCAAUAUAACCAAAAUAAAUUUUAAUCGACGUGCAUGCACCAAGUUCACUUACGAUCCACAAGAAUUUUCUAUCAACAUGUCCUUUAGUAUGAAUGAAAAAGAGAUAUUUUCUAGUUCCUUAUCCGCGAAGAAUCCCCCACCAGUUUGCAUUCCGUUCGUCUAUAUACCAGUAAUAACGUUCUGUGCACGAUUCUUUGACGUUCAUACAACUGGCAUAAAUCUUCAUGCAUGUUUAGAUCUCGAAACACGAAUAGUAAAUGCACCGAUUUUAAUUCUACAUUUCAAUUGCAUGAAAAUCGGUAUGAAUGGUGUAUCAUUAUCGAAACCGGAAGAUGAUCUUAUUCUUUCAUCGACGUCGAAUCAAAACGAGAAAGAUGAAGUUUACGACGAAGUCAAUUUCGAACAAUCGGAUAUCGAUGUAGUAACUAACAAUAUUCUUGGUACGACUUAUAGUCCUGAAGAAGAAGCUGCGAUCGGACAGUUAAAAUAUUAAUUUAUCAUUUAAAUUCUUUUAAUAAAAUUUUUAUAUUAGAUACAUGGAUAUUCAUCUGCUUGUGAUCUGUGCGUGUGUGUGCCUAUGUGUAUAUAUAUAUAUAUAUAUAUAUAUAUAUAAUUUCUUUUGUAUUUAU